AUGCCGUCCGUGGCACUUGCCUCGACGGCUGCCACCGUGCUGGCAAAGUUUAUCCUCCACCCACUGGACACGCUCAAAUGUCGUCUACAGUCCUCAAACUCUCGCAGCCUGCGGUUUAUUUGGGGCGAAUACGCUGGCAAGUGGGGGCCGCGGUACCUCUACGGCGGAUUACCGAUCAAACUGGCAUUCUACGUGCCCUAUCAAGCAAUCUACAUGCCAACCUACAAUUCGGUGCGAGAUGCAUUAAUGCCUGUGGAUGUAAGAAAAGACACUCGUUUUGCGUUUAUAACGCGUACCGUAGCCGCCGCCAGCGCUGCUGAACUGGCGAGUUGCAUCGCUCGUGUUCCGAUGGAAACGGUGAAGAUGCGCAUUCAAGCCACCGCGGUGCCGAACACAAAAGCUGCUCUGCGGCUGAUUUUCCAGCAAGGUUUUUUUGCCAGCGUUCGGCAAGUGAAGGCACAAACGCUUGUUCACGAUAUUCCAUACAGUAUUACUCAAUGGAUUGCGUAUGAGAGUUUUCGUCCGUGGACGCAAAGUUUGCAGCAAAGGCAUGAACUUCAAAAGGAGCUUGAGAGGGGCUCGCGUCUUUCUAGGUAUGUUUAUAAUUUUCUCUGCACUUUUCUUGCGGGUGGAUUUAGUGGUCUCAUAGCGUCUACUGUAACCGUUCCGCUUGACACUAUUCGUACACGUGUUGUUGUGGCUACCGCGUCGAAUGCGUCCACAACUGUACUUGAUGUGGUGAGAGACACAUAUCGUCUUGGUGGAGCUUUCUUUUUCUUCCGUGGAGGGUGCACCCGUGUGCUGUGGGUGACAUUGAACAUGGCUGUGUAUUUUCCACUGUAUGAGACGUUUAAGAUGGAGUUGCUGCGCCGACAGGAGGCCUCCGUUUCAAAUUUAACGUGA